AGAAGGAAACCCCUUUUUUAUUUCACACGAAAUGGAGACAAAUAAUUCACCAGCUCUCAAGGUCCAUGAGUCAUAUGGUAUUAUGGCUGCAAUUAUUGUUGCCAUUCUCAUACCUUUCUUAGUCUCUUCGUAUUUAAUGGGUAAGAAGAAGAUGAAACAGAGAGGAGUUCCUGUUCAAGUUGGAGGUGAGGCAGGUCUUGCAAUACGAAAUGUGAAUUCAGAGAAACUAGUUCAAGUUCCUUGGGAAGGAGCCACUACAAUGGCUGCUCUGUUUGAGCAGUCCUGUAAGAAGCAUUCUCAAAAUCGGUAUCUUGGAACAAGAAAGUUAAUCAGUAGGAAUUUUGUCACAGCUAGUGAUGGAAGGAAACUUGAAAAACUGAACCUUGGAGAGUAUGAAUGGGAGUCAUAUGGACAGGUGUUUGAGCGUACUUGCAAUUUUGCUUCAGGUCUCGUUAAAUUAGGCCAUGAUGUUGAUACACGUGCUGCUAUUUUUGCCGAGACCCAAGCUAAGUGGUUAAUUUCCUUUCAUGGAUGUUUAAGACAAAAUAUUACUGUAGUUACUGUCUAUGCUUCUCUUGGCGAGGAUGCCUUGAUCCAUUCACUCAACGAGACCCAAGUGUCCACCUUGAUCUGUGAUUCCAAGCAAUUGAAGAAGUUGGCUGCAAUAAGUUCAAGUUUGACAACUGUUAAGCAUGUUAUUUAUUUUGAUGAUGAAGUGACUAAGGAUUCAAACUAUUCCAGUAGUAUGGGUUCUUUGACCAUUAUUUCAUCCCAUGAAGUUGAGAAGUUGGGUAAAAGACAUCCAGUUCAUCCGAAUCUACCUGUGAGUGGAGAUAUUGCAGUUAUUAUGUACACCAGUGGAAGCUCCGGUAUGCCAAAGGGGGUAAUGAUGACACAUGGCAACAUUGUAGCCACUGCAGCUGCUGCUGCGACUCUGAUCCCGGAGCUCAGAACCAAUGAUAUUUACAUAGCAUACUUGCCUCUUGCUCAUAUUUUUGAGUUGUCUUGUGAGACUACCAUGUUGACUGCAGGUGCGGCAAUUGGUUAUAGCUCAGCUUUGACUUUGACAGACACUUCUAGCAAAAUCGAUAAAGGAACCAAGGGGGAUGCAUCAGUCUUAAAGCCCACCCUAAUGUCUGCAGUUCCAGCAAUUCUAGAUCGUGUUCGUGAUGGAGUAUCAAAGAAGGUCGAGGAGACAGGAGGGCUUGCAAAGAAGUUUUUUGAUACUGCAUACAAGCGCCGGCUAGCAGCUAUAGAAGGAAACAGGCUUGGAGCCUGGAGAAUAGAAUUUUUUUUGUGGGAUGUUAUUGUUUUCAAAAAGAUUCGUUCUUUACUUGGAGGAAAAAUUCGAUUUGUACUUUGUGGUGGAGCACCUUUAUCGGGAGAGACACAGAGAUUUGUCAAUGUCUGUAUGAGGGCACCAAUUGCUCAAGGGUAUGGUCUAACAGAAACUUGUGCUGGAGGAACCUUUUCUGAGGGGGAUGACAUUUCAGUUGGACGCGUUGGUCCACCACUACCUUGCUGCUAUAUUAAGCUAGUGUCCUGGGAAGAAGGUGGAUAUCUGAUAACUGAUAAGCCAAUGCCAAGGGGAGAGAUUGUGGUUGGUGGCUUCAGUAUAGCUGCGGGAUACUUCAACAAUGUAGAAAAAACCGAAGAAGUGUAUAAGGUUGAUGAACAUGGAGUCCGCUGGUUCUACACUGGUGAUAUUGGACAAUUUCAUGAUGAUGGAUGCCUUGAAAUUAUUGACAGGAAGAAAGACAUUGUGAAACUUCAACAUGGAGAAUACAUCUCCCUUGCCAAGGUUGAGACGACUCUAGUAUCUAGCAACUAUGUAGAGAAUGUGAUGGUAUAUGUAGAUUCCUUCCACAACUAUUGUGUGGCCUUAGUUGUGCCUUCACAUCAGGUCCUUGAAAAAUGGGCCAAAGAAGUUGGAAUCAGUUACAAGGAUUUUGCUGACUUGUGUAGCAAACCUGAAGCUAUCAAUGAGGUCCAACAAUCCGUCACUAAGGUGGGGAACAGUGGAAAAUUGUACAAGUUUGAGAUUCCUACAAAGAUUAAGUUGAUAUCAGAACCCUGGACCCCUGAAUCGGGAUUAGUAACUGCAGCUCUAAAAUUGAAGAGGGAGCAGUUGAAGGCCAAAUAUAAAGAUUUGCUUCAUAGUUUAUACCAUUAGAUGGUUUACCCUUUCAUCUGCUUCCGCACUCUUUCGUUGUUACAACUUAUUUUCACUAUUGUUGCAGUCUUAAUCCACUGGAAAAAU